AAGGGCCCGCAAGUACUGGCAGUCAUUAUCGUCUUUCCUAUACUCGCAACAAUAACUGUCAUUCUCCGGCUCUACACACGGUUUAAGAUUGUCAACAAUCCGUCUCAUGAAGAUGUUGCGAUAUUACUUGCUUUGGUGCAUAUUACGACAUAUACUUCACAAAAGAAUAUUAACUUACUGACAUUUAAACACAUCCAGGCAUUGACACUCGACCAAGGCGUCAAAUCUUUGAAGGCUCUCUUUGCAAGCAUCAUGAUGUACAAUUUCGGUCUAACAUUUACGAAAGUCUCAAUCGUGCUGCAAUACCUUCGAAUCACGAUUGACCGAGGCGUCCGAAGAGCCUGCUGGGCAUUGCUUAUCUUCACUAUUCUAAAUGGUGUCCAAACUUUUCUUACUGGUAUCCUCAGUUGCUAUCCCGUUGCCAAAUUUUGGGACGAUAGAAUUCCUGGAGGAUGUGUUAAUAAACCAGCAUUAUGGUAUGCGAAUGCAGCAAUCAACAUCACCCAAGACAUCUGGCUUAUUGUUCUACCAAUCUUCAUCCUGAAGAAGCUCGCUCUGCCAAAACGUGAGAAGAUCAGCUUGAUUCUCAUCCUGGGACUCGGAGGCUUCGCAAGUUUAGCAUCAGUCCUACGACUCCACGCUCUCUACAUCGUCGCGAAGAGCCAGGAUAUCACUUGGGACAACCCCGGAACUGCCACGUGGUCAACAAUGGAAUUGGAUAUCGCCAUCAUCUGCGCUUCGCUACCGACACUUCGAGCAUUCCUCGUCAAAUUUUUUCCGAACACAUUCUCUUCAUCAAUAUCCAGCAACAGAGCAGGUUAUCACAAUGCUGCACGACAAAGAGUUAUUCAGAAU